AUGUCCCAAGGAACACUAUAUGCAAAUUUCCGCAUUAGAACGUGGUUGCCCCGGGCUUUGGUGAAGAGCUUGAAGUUGGACGUGAAGGUGUUGGAACCGGAGAAGAACGAGGAAGAAUGGGCCAGGUUGUUCCCCUUGAAGUUGGUGCCCUGUUUCGUGGGGCCAGAUGGGUUCAAGCUCACUGAACAAUUGGCGAUUUUGCGCUAUUUGGUGAGUCUCAGCGAUGAUGAGAGCGAGAAGAGCCGGUUGUUGGGGAAGGAUUUUGUCGAGAGGGCAAAGGUUUUGCAAUGGAUGUCGCUAGCCAACAUGGACUUGUGCGUCACGUUCACGCGGGCGAACUUUGGGUUGACUGGGAAGGAGCCUUACAACAAGAAGAAGGUGGAUGCAGCCUACGAAGACUUGGAGAAAAUCGUGCAAGACUAUGAGCUGCGUUUGAAGGACCACAAGUACCUUGUGAACGACGAGUAUGCUACGCUCGGCGACUAUUUGAGUGCGAUGAUCUUCACGCGGGUGUUCCAGUUCUUGCUAGGACGCGAAUGGCGCGAAGCCCACCCCGAGUUGAUGGCCUGGUUUACCAGAGUCACCGAGGACCCGUUAGUGUCCUUCUUAUACACCGAUGUGACGUUAUGCGAGGAAGCCGUCCAGCCUCCCACCAAGAAAAACAGUCACUAG